AUGGAGGGCGACUGGACCAGUGAGGAGGAGUGGACGCCACUGAGAAUUGGGCCAGUCGGAGUCACAGAGACGUCCGCCAUAGCCGUGCUCCCAUUCGGCAGAUGGCGUGUCGGUAUCGACAGUACAGCCUCGAUCACGACAGUCAUCGAGCAUAGGGAAGCCGAUUUCAAAGAGUUCGCGACGCGCGUGUUCACAACGUAUUAUGCGAGUCGGCGGCCGCUGAUACAUGCGCAUCACUUCGAGCUCAACGCGCUCGCGCGUGCGGCAUUCAUGUUGGGACGGCUGGAGGAGGGUCUGCGGAUGUUUCAGGAAACGGCGGCAGGUGCUGGGCCUUGUGGAUGUGAACGUCGUGCUGGAGAUGCUGGCACAGUACAACUUCACGGCGGCCGCAUGUGUGCUGGAGCGGAUGGUUACGGUGGGCUGAUGCCCGACGCGAUUUGGGUCGGUGAUCCACCAUGCAGUCGUGUAUCGAGACAUCGUACUGGCGGAGGCGCUGCUGCGGCGAGCGCGGGAGCUCAGGGUGGGGCAGUUGAGCUAUCAGACGAUGGGGACGCUGAUCCGGGGUUGAUCGAGACAGCUGAGGAUGGGCGUAAUAACUCACGGCAGGUACUGAAGACGGUGCAGGAUUUGGUAGACUUGCUGCUAAAGGCAGGACAGAUACCGUCGCCGAACGUGGGGCGCGACUGGGUGAUCGCGGCAAUGCGGGCACAGGCGUGGAGGCGGCGUUCGGAGUUUGGGACAUGCUGA